AUGGAGGGUCAGGAUCGUGCCCGUCAACAGAGCGCUCUCGACAUCGACUUUACGGUAGAUGGCGCCGACAUGGACACGAUGCGCAAGAAGGUCCUUGAAAGCAUCGGAUUCACCAUGGUCCAAAACGAUGGAGAUGAAUCGAUGGGACUACCGAGGUUCCAGCGAUUGACGAGUCGCGACAUUCAGACGAUCCAUGAUUCUACUCACUAUGCUGCUGUUCAGAGUCAAUCUAUCGCUUCGCGUUCUGUCGAGCCGGCUCUCGGGGCUAAGCAUCGCAUAAGUACCUUUUCUCAUAUACCCUCUUCUCUUUCUCGCCAGGGCCAGGCAUACUCCUACGAUCAGCCAUCUGUAGCCUUCGACGAAGAAGACUCGACCCCUGCCGAAAUUGCUGCCCAAAGACGCGAUGGGUUACUUGACGGUAACAUCUCAGCUCAGGGUCAGGCGACACAGUCUUCCUUCCAGGCCGAUACGGAGCUGAUGCAGCAGUCUCAUCGCCCUCUACCCACUUCGCCCUAUCAUGUCCUAUCCGUUGAGCACCAUCGCGAUGCAGGAAUUCAGCGUCCGGCUUCCCCCCGUCGUCGUCCUCUGCUGGAUCGACUUGAUGAUCUGCGAGCUCCUGUUGACGCUGUCCUCGAUUGCGCUCUGCCCGCCAGUCAACGUUUCUCUCAGUCUACUCGUUCUGCUCGCCGAAGCGAGCGCAGCAUCAUGAACACCUACAACUCCCCUGUCCGCUCUAUGGGUCCUGGGAUCCCUACCAUGGCUUCAUUAAAUUUGAGCAUACCUUUGUAUCUUCGGGGCAUCGAGCAGCCGCGUAAAGGUGGUAACAGAGACUUGAGAAAUUUGAGCUUUGUCCCAUCACCCCUUCGCAAUGAGAUCAACUUCUCAACCUCCGACAGGGACCUUCCCUCGUCCUCCAGCGAGGAGAUUACUUCGGUCGCCCUUGCUCAUGCUUCCGAGACCGCCAUUCCUUCUCACGGGCCCGAGCAGACUACUACUCUUCACGAGUCGGAGAAAACUAUCGGCGAGGAGCCUCCUCGUCAGCCGGAGGAGGCUAUCUCUUCUCCCCAGGCCGAGCAGGCCGCCUCUUCUCACGAGCUGGAACACACAUCCCUCGCACACGAGCCCAACUCGGUGCAUACCACUCCAUCUCACGAGCUUCAACAGCCCACUUGUUCUGACCAGUCCGAGGGCGCCAGCUCGUCUCAACAAUCCGAGCACAAUACUCCUUCCCACCCACCUUCUCUCGAGCGCAUAGUUCCUUGUCCGUCAUCGCCUCGGCCUCGUUUCUCAAGCCAGCGUAGCUACACCUCGUCACUUCAUCGCUGA